AUGUCUCAAGCUGUGCAGACAAACGGGACACAACCAUUAAGCAAAACAUGGGAGCUCAGUUUGUACGAAUUGCAAAGAACGCCUCAGGAAGCAAUAACCGAUGGCUUGGAAAUAGUGGUGUCACCCAGGAGCUUGCACAGUGAACUGAUGUGUCCCAUCUGUUUGGAUAUGCUAAAAAACACCAUGACAACAAAAGAAUGUUUGCAUCGCUUCUGUGCUGACUGUAUCAUUACAGCCCUCAGGAGUGGCAACAAAGAAUGUCCCACGUGUCGUAAAAAGCUAGUUUCAAAAAGAUCACUGAGACCAGAUCCCAAUUUUGAUGCUCUCAUCAGUAAAAUUUAUCCAAGCCGAGAUGAAUAUGAAGCUCAUCAGGAGAGAGUGCUAGCAAGAAUCAGCAAGCACAAUAACCAGCAAGCUUUAAGUCACAGCAUUGAGGAAGGAUUAAAGAUUCAGGCUAUGAACAGGUUACAGAGAGGCAAGAAACAGCAGAUUGAGAAUGGCAGUGGUGCAGAAGAUAAUGGUGACAGUUCACAUUGUAGCAAUGCCUCAACGCACAGCAAUCAAGAAGCGGGGCCUAGUAACAAGAGGACCAAAACAUCAGAUGAUUCUGGGCUAGAACUGGACAAUAACAACACAACCGUGGCAAUAGACCCCGUAAUGGAUGGUGCUAGUGAAAUCGAGUUAGUCUUCAGGCCUCAUCCGACCCUCAUGGAGAAUGAUGACAGCGCACAGACGAGAUACAUCAAGACCUCAGGCAAUGCCACUGUUGAUCACUUGUCCAAAUACCUAGCUGUGAGAUUGGCUUUGGAGGAACUUCGUAGCAAAGGAGAAUCAAACCAGAUGAACCUUGACACAGCCAGUGAGAAGCAGUAUACCAUUUAUAUUGCUACUGCCAACGGGCAGUUCACUGUGUUAAAUGGGUCAUUUUCCUUGGAACUGGUCAGUGAGAAGUACUGGAAAGUGAACAAACCCAUGGAACUGUACUAUGCACCAACAAAGGAACAUAAAUAAGCUGUGCUGGAAAACUGACAUGGGACUAACUCUUUUAUAGCUGUGACUUCUUUAAUAUUCAAAGAUGACAUCACCAUUAUCUUCAUGGACGAUACGCGUGAUGCCUUCAGGCGCUCUCAGUAUACUUAUUAAUAUGAUUAGAUAGUAUUCUGGGUUGUAUUU